GCAAACAGCCCAGUGGAAGAUGUAGCCCGAGUUUACCUCUACCAUUUUGGGCCUGGUAGCUUUUCUUCCCAAAUAAAGGCCCUUCACAGAUGAGUAGGUGGUGUGGUGAGAUGACGUUGAGAGGAGCAGUGUUGUGAUUUUGGGUAUAUAGUGGAAUAAAUAAUUGGAGUAGAGGGGCGGCAGGGCGGGGCAGGGCAGGGCAUAGGUUAAGGUUAUGAAUUAUCAUAUUGGGAAUUAGAAAUCGGAAAAGGAAGAAGGGAUCUUGAUUCUUGAGGCAAUUGGAGGAUGGAUCAAUCGUUCCUGGUGAUGCUAUCGAAUCUCCUCCACCUCCACAACUCCCUGGACCCCACCACCUCCCUCCUCUCCGACGCACUCUCCUCCCCCACCUCCCUCCUCUACUCCUCCUCCAUCGCCCCACUCCUCUUCUUCACAAUAGCAUCAGUACUAUCCUACGUCGCAUCCACGCGCCCCUCAAACUCUGACUCUAACCCAAACCCCUCCUCCUCCUCCUCCGACUACUCCGUCUCGGCCUUCCGCGCCCUCUCCACCGAACACAUAUGGUCCCUCGAAGCACCCCUGCGCGACGCCCACUGGCGCUCCCUCUACGGCCUCUCCUACCCGGUCUUCACAACGGUCGUCGACAAGCUCAAGCCCCACAUCGCCCUCUCCAACCUCUCCCUCCCCUCCGACUACGCCGUCGCCAUGGUCCUCUCGCGCCUCGCCCACGGCCUCUCUGCCAAAACCCUAGCCUCCCGCUAUUCCCUCGAACCCUACCUCGUCUCCAAAAUCACCAACAUGGUCACGCGCCUCCUCGCCACCAAGCUCUACCCGGAGUUCAUUAAGAUCCCCGUGGGGCGGCGCCGCCUCCUGGAAACCACCCAGGCCUUCGAGGAACUCACCUCCCUCCCCAACAUGUGCGGCGCCAUCGACACCCCCCCCGUCCACCUCCGCUCCAGCCCUAACCCCAACACCUACCGCUGCCGCUACGGCUUCCCCUCCCUCCUCCUCCAGGUCGUCUCCGACCACCAGAAGAUCUUCUGGGACGUCUGCGUCAAGGCCCCCGGCGCCACCGACGACGCCACCCACUUCCGCGACAGCCUCCUCUACCACCGCCUCACCUCCGGCGACGUGGUCUGGGACAAGCUCAUGACCGUCCGCGGGCACCACGUCCGGCCUUACGUGGUGGGAGACUGGUGCUUCCCCCUCCUUCCGCUCCUGCUGACCCCGUUCUCCCCGAGCGGCAUGGGCACCCCUGCCCAGAACCUCUUCGACGGCAUGCUGAUGAAGGGAAGGUCGGUGGUGGUGGAAGCCAUUGCUCUUCUUAAGGGCCGGUGGAAGAUUCUUCAGGAUUUGAACACCGGGGUUCAUCACGCGCCUCAGACCAUCGUCGCUUGUUGCGUCCUGCACAACCUCUGUCAGAUUGCCAGGGAACCCGAACCCGACCUCUGGAAGGAGCCUGAUGAGACUGGGCCUCCUCCCAGGCUCAUGGACAGUGAGAAGGCCUUUUAUUACUUUGGGGAAACACUCAGGCAAGCCCUCGCCGAUGAUUUGCACCACAAGCUUUCCUCCAGAUAGUUCUUUUUUCUUAUUUAACAACCCCCCUCACUCUCUGUCUUAUCUUAUUAUCCCUCCUAUGUUUCACUACUUUUCAAUAAUUUCUCCACUACUAACAUUGUUUUGUAUUCAUAUGAUGAAUGUUUAACUCUAAUGCCAUGCCUUCCUGUGUCAAAUUA